AUGUCGUCCCCCAUUUUCGGGUUCUCCUCGCUGAGGAGAGGCCGGCCUUCGUCCAUUCGUUCUCAGGAUACCCAAGAAGACACCCCGGCCUCCAACCCCCCUUUCAGCCCCUUCACCCCUCCGCCGUCUGCCCAGAGCACCAGCAACGAUGGGAAGCUUCUCUCAUCCUCCCUGGGUUCCACGAGCCACCGUGGCCCCAUAAGAUCUUUUAUCCACGGAUCUGUACGGGAGCACUUAGCUCCUGUCGAUAGCGUACAGUCUGCCCUAUCCGUGCGCGAAGACACGGCAGAGCUAGCGAACUACUUCCUGUCUGUCAAGAAGACCGGCCGUAGCCCGUCCUUUCUCCAGGCACGUUCCCAGUCUUCAGUAGCCCGGCAGGACAGCCCGCUCUUGCCGCCUCCCGACGAGGACGAGGCCGGGGCAAGCGCGGCAAUUUCGUCUGAAACAAUACACGAAGAGUCAGAGCCCCCUUCGCCGGAUACUACCCACGAGGAGUUGGCCAUCGGAGGCCCCUCGAUGCUCACAACAAUGCUCAGGAGGUCGCCGCCUGACGAGAGGUAUCUAGCGGCCCCAAAGGAGGACCAGGUUCACGAGGACAGUGUUGUUGUUGACGACAGCGACGAUGAUUACGAGACAGUCAGUCGGGUCACAUCCUUUGAAGACAGACCUUGGCCGGCGUACCGAGACACAGCCGACGACGCCACCGACGCUUCGCCGUUGAUCACUGCCAGAUCUAGGGAAAGUCGGCACAGCUAUGGCACCGGCAACGGUGCGGGACGGGAACCGGACCUCGAAAGCCAGAAAAGGCGAUCCACCGAACGAUGGGUGGCCGGCGCGGGAGCCCGCUUGGCCGGCCUCUUCCGGACAGUUGGAGACCCGAAAAGCUGGGAUAGGCCGGCCCUCUGGCGGAAUAUGGUCCUUGCCCCCGUUGAAUGUCUCCCUGCUGUUAUAGUUGGGCUCCUCCUCAACAUUCUGGAUGCCCUAUCAUAUGGCAUGAUCCUCUUUCCCUUGGGGAGCCCUAUCUUUGCGAGCUUGGGGUCUGCCGGAAUCUCGAUAUUCUAUGUCAGCACCAUCAUCUCGCAGUUAACGUUCUCGGCUGGGAGCAUAUUCAAGGGAGGUGUUGGCUCUGAACUGAUUGAGGUAGUACCAUUUUUCCACAGUAUGGCUGCUACCAUUACCGACUUGGUCGGAGAAGACAAGCCUGAGGCGGUUAUCACCACUACAAUAACUUCAUAUGCAUUGAGCUCGAUGCUCACUGGCACCGUCUUCUUCUUGAUGGGCCACUUUAAAUUUGGCUACCUCGUGGGAUUUAUUCCUCGCCACAUUCUAAUCGGCUGUAUCGGCGGUGUUGGCUGGUUUCUCGUUGCCACGGGCUUCGAGGUGACGGCGCGAAUGGACGGGAGCUUCAACUACGAUCUCGACACCCUCAACCGACUCAUCCAACCAGACACGGUUCCGCUGUGGAUAAUACCUCUCACACUGGCCGUCAUCCUAUUUUACGGCCAGAUGAGAUUUACUUCUAAAUUCUUCCUUCCAUUAUUUAUCAUGGUCAUCCCCGCCAUCUUUUACUUUUUCGUGGUUGCUUUCGAUUCGUUAAAUACGGACGCACUGCGGAACAAUGGCUGGAUAUUCGAAGGGCCUCCCGCUGGGGAGCCUUGGUGGUAUUUCUACACACUAUACAAAUUUCAUCUCAUCGAGUGGACAGCCAUAGCACAAUGCAUCCCGGCGAUGCUUGCUCUGACCUUCUUCGGGAUCCUGCAUGUGCCUAUAAACGUCCCGGCCUUGGCUCUUAAUACCGGCGAGGACCAUGCGGACCUCGACCACGAGCUAAAGCUACACGGAUACUCAAACAUUUUAUCAGGACUUGCCGGUAGCAUCCAGAACUACCUGGUUUACGCCAAUUCUCUCUUCUUUAUGCGAUCGGGCGGUAAUACUCGGUUGGCUGGUGUGGAGCUGGCCUUCUUCACCAGCAUCUUCAUGGUGGUGGGCCCAUCGAUGAUUGGGUUCAUUCCCGUCAUGAUGGUUGGUGUCUUGAUUUUUGACCUCGGGUUCGAGUUGCUGCUCGAAGCGAUUUGGCAUCCGAGAAAGAAGCUGAAGUUGCUCGAAUACCUUACCGUUGUCGCCAUUGUUCUUAUUAUGGGCAUCUACGACUUUGUCGUUGGGAUUGGUGUCGGCAUUCUCCUCGCAUUUAUCUCGCUGAUAUUCCAGACAUCAAGAGUGUCGGCAGUUCGAGCGACCUAUUCCGGUGAAGCAGUAGGCUCGACUGUGAGAAGGAACCCGACACAACAGCACUAUCUCCGGCAGGUCGGCAGGCAGAUCAACAUCAUCAAACUAGCCGGUUACUUGUUCUUUGGGACAAUUGUCAGUGUGGAGGAUAAGAUCAGAGCCCUGAUUGCCGAAGAAGAGUUUAGCAGAAGCCCGAUCAAGUAUCUGAUCCUUGACCUCUGGCAGGUCACUGGGUUGGACUACUCGGCUGGCGAAGUUUUCAACACGAUUAGCCGCCUGCUCGACAGCAAGGGCAUCGAGCUUGUGCUGAGCGGCGUCAAUGCUCAGUGCUCCCUUGGCAGCAGUCUGAGGGCUGUUGGGCUCGGCGAGGAUGGAAUCGAGGUCAAGCUCCUGCCAGAACUUAACUCGGCACUGGAAUACUGCGAGAACGAGCUCCUAAAAACACUCUAUGCCAACCAGGAAACAAUACGCAAGCUACAUUCGGCGCCGACAAGUUACUUGGACGUACCUGGCCAGGUCCAGCCCAACCAGACAAUCGACCUGCUCGGGUCUUCGCCUCGGCGUGCCCACCUCCACGAGGCGGCACGCAAGUCACUGGGCCAAAUGGAAGGGAAGCAGGUUACGCGCUGGCAAAGCUUUAAGGAGCCUCUGAGGCUCAUGCUGCAGAUUUUCCGAGACGUGAGCGACAAGAACGAGGAUUUUUGGUUUCGAUCUGUCAAAUACUUUUCACAUAGCGAGUAUGUUGCCGGCACGGUCUUGUUUCGGCGUGGCGAACCUGCCGAGGGUUUUUACCUGCUGGAGUCGGGCAUCCUUCGUGCCGAAUACGACCUCCCGCAGGGGUGGCUAUUUGAGAGCAUUGUGGCCGGCACAACGUGCGGCGAGCUGCCAUUUUUCUCGGAGACGAACAGAACGGCCAAAUGCGUCGCGGAAAGGGACUGUGUCGUGUGGCAGCUGGACAGGGAGAACUGGGAGAAAAUGCAAAAGGAGGAGCCUGCGGCGGCGCAGGAGCUGCUUCGCAUCUCGCUGAAGUUGACAAGCGAGCGGCUGAGCGUAAUUACGUCUUAUACGUUGACGAUGGCUGGAUGA